CGCUCCCUCCACGGCUCGGAUUUUUCGAGUAAUUCCAGUCGCGAACGCGUUGGGCACUUACAUUUGCCGCCAAAGACGCGUCCAGCGUGUAGACACUCUUCAAAACAGCGAACACUCGGCUCGAAGAUAAAAUCAUGGCCCGAGCAACUCGCUCUACAGCAAACCAGGAAAAGGAGAAGCCAGCUGAAACCCCCCAAUCUGGUCGCAAGUCCGCAAACAAGAAGCGGAAACGUUCCUCUGCUGCAAACGAGUCCGACCUUCCUGCAGCAAAGGCUGUGCGGACGGAUGAGGACAUUAAGGAAGAAGACACGCAGGAUGGCCAGGAACUGCAAACAGAGGAGGUAGUAGAGCUUGAGUUGCCCAGUAGUGGGGACGUCCCCAUCCAAGAUGAAGAUGCGGAGAAGAUUUUAGAGGUCCUCGAAAUUGUGGACACGCAAGGAUUGCUGGACCGAAUAUUCCCAUUGCCAACUGAGCACAGCUCAGGCUCAGGUGCAGGCUCCUCAGCUGGUACCCAGUCUUACUCGUUUCGUGCUUUGCUCAAAUCACCUCGCAAGUUUCCGUUGAAGAUCUUACGUACUGCGGUGCAUCACCUCUUCCCUAUAUCCUCGCAUCCCCGAUCUCGACCUUCUGCACCUGCCGCUGAGCAGCUGAAAUUCUGCAACCUCGCUCUGUCGCUUCUCAGCCAGGCAUCCCACCACUCUGCUCCUGUUCCCCUCAACGCCGAGAGCCUUUUGACCGGCCACUCGGGAAAGGACGACGGUCAUGACGACGAAUCAAAGUCCCAAGGUCGGUGGAAGUAUGCCCUUGUUCAGCGACUUCCCACUGGCGACUGGUGGUCUUCUGCUAACUCCCCCUACCCCUCUCUUUCCCUUGAGGGCAAGGACAUCAAGAGUCUAGGCACGGGCUAUGCCGAACUUGUUUCCAUCUUCCCGUCUGCGCCAGUGGCAGAGGGUCACCAGCCAACGUUAGGUAGUUAUAUAAAGAAGCGGCCUCCAGUACACGACGCCGUGCAAGAGCCAAGACGACUGUCUUGUGGAAAGUUCCUCGAUUAUGGGCCUAACACAAGUUUUGCUCCAAGUUUUGACGGAGAAGGUGUCGAGGUCGGACAGUCUACUCUUAGUGAGGUUGUAUACUUCCGACAGCGAGACAAGGACCAGAUUCGCAUGCAGCGUAAGCAGCUCAAACAGCGGCAAGACGCUACGAUGGAAGACAUAUCCGAGGUUGUCGAGGUCGAGAAGCCGUUAGAAGACAAGCCGGCGAAUCCCGACUCGUCGCUGGAAGGCCUUCUUUCGUCUGAAGAGGUGGUGUCAAUCAAGCAAGCACUAGGUUCCUUGGAACUUGAGAAAGCUAUCGAGGAAUUACUCCAGCGCAACGCUCGUGCUCUUGUCAGGCUGGAGCUGCUGCAAGCGGAACGUCUGCUCAACGAGGGCGGGUCGAAGCCGGUUGAGAUUGGCUCAGAGGAAUGGAAUGCAGCCCAGGGUAUCCUAGAUUCUCUGACUAUGCUUGCUUCCCUCCGACCAAGGCCAUCUUCCGGUGCCAAAUACGCUCCUCUCGUCCCGACUGUUUCUGUACUGCGAAGCCUACAUCGUACGUUGCCCAUAGGGACAUCGAAGGGCUGGUUUGGUAGUUUGCCGGAGGGUCGCACAGUCGCGCUUCGAGACGACACUACUUUGCGCGUUCGUUCAGGAGCAACAGCUCCUACUCCUGCGCCCGCUCCACCAACACCCGCGCCCGCCACUCCAGCCACCCAGAAGACCACUGCUGCGCCGUACAAUUUCGCCUACCCAGCCUAUGCUGCCGCUGGCUCACAAUACCGAGGUGGCUACGGGAGCUACCCACCGGCCCAAAAUAACUAUUACCCGAAUUACCAAGCUGGGACGCCUGUUUCCGCAACGACGCACUAUCCCAACCAGCAGUUCCCAGCCACAGGCACGCAGGCAUAUCCGUACUCAUCGUGGUACAACUACCAACCGCCCCAAGGCAGCACGACACCAUCUGGGCAGGCGACCCCUGCUACACCGACCGCAACCGUCCCCUCAUCGUAUGCGAGCUUCUUCGCAAACACGCAGCAGCCUCAACCUCAGCGUGCAGUUGCUAAUACAGUGCUCACGGGAAAACCGUACCAGGCAAGCGGAUGGUCUACUGGUUCUGGAACCGCGUAUGUCGCGCCUCUUCCGUCCCAUCUGCGCACCGCAAUUCCUGCGGCAAGUUCACCAGGGACGCCGCAGCCGGCUUCCGCGACGAGUACAUAUUCUGGGUAUUACGCGGGAUACCAGCCCUCUCAGCCAGCUGCACGUUGAGCAAACCUGUCUGAUACGAGAUUGUCCAGUACACUUCCUAUCAUAGUAAUAUGUUGAUACUAGCCGUGUAUAAUGGCAUUUUGUGUUUGAAAUGUCGUUUAGAGUAGAUGUUGGUACCGAAGCUACUAGUGCUACUUGCGCUUCCAGUGUUGCACCCAUCUCGGACCUAGAAAGUAGGCAAGGUUUAUACCGUAUGUCGUUAAAACGCAAUGAAACAUCGAGUUUACAUCUAGCGUCAUCACAACUAGAUGAAAUGUUCUAUGACGAAUGCCAGAAGAACUAUCGAGUUUUGAGGUGCAGCAGUUAUUAUACGCGCGCUUAUGCGAGCUGGAAGUGCUGGCAGGUUGAUUAUGAGCUGUGCUUCGCCUUCUCUUGCUCCCAGCGUGCCUUCAUGAUCGCGAGGCCUUGAUUGCGCGACUGCAUCAUUGGUGGAAGCAUUUGUAGGCGAGCAGCCUCCCAGUGUGCGGGCGCAUCAUUACGGAUGACCUAUGAAGGAUCCAGAUCA